UUUUUUCCUUUUCUCCCGAAAUCUGUGAAUAGAUGCAUUUCAUAAUAUACAUAUCAUCAAUAUAUAAACAAUUCCUUUCCCCCUUUUAAUUCUUCUUUCUUUUCAAUAUAAUAGACUUUUUACAUAUAGAAUUAUAUAUAUAUAUAGAAUUCAUUUUUUUUUUCAUUUGUAUAAAUCUGGCAUUUAACAUAUACAGUACAUUUAAAAAAGCAUUUUAAAAAUGAAACCAUUCACAUUCAUUAAAGCAUUAAUUCCUUCUCUCAUGUUGCUGGCAACUUUUCAUCGAGGAGAAUCUUUAUAUGUUCCAAGAACUGAUUCUUCGUCAGCACCCAUAACUGGUGGUCAAGAUGGUUGUGCUAAUAUACAUAAUACUUUUAAGAAAGCUGAAACCGAGUCUUUUCCUUUUUCGGAUAUAAAAGCUUGUUAUGAAUCUUUUGCUUUUGAUAAUAAAAGAAGAACUGAUACUCUUGAUACGAUGAAAAAACUUUAUACCGGAUUUUAUGCAUUUGCUGAUCUUGCAAAAGAACAACCGGUUCAAGGCCUUGAUUAUAAAGCAAUGGAUCUCAUAAGUGAAAUUGAUGGUUUGAGUCAAAAAUCGUACGCUAAUGAUUUUGAAUUCACGACUGAUGCUACUAAUUUAGUAUCUCAAUUGAAAGAUCCUCAUACCUUAUUUUUUCCAAUAUGUUAUACAAGGUUUGCUUUCACUCAAAGGUUAGCAUUAUAUGCUACCGUAUCACAAGAUGGAACGCAAAAGAUUAAAAUUUUCAAAGACUCUACUGAAUCUCAUAACGAUGAUUGUGAGGUUGACCGUAUUGAUGGUGUCGCGGCCAUCGACGCCAUCACACAGUUUGCACGUGAUAAUAUCUUUGUUUCUAAAGAUCUUGGUGUCAGAUUCAAUUUGGCAUUAGCAUCUCUUGCGUUACAAAAUGGAACUUAUUUACUUCAACCUAGAUCUUCACAAUUUACUCUUCGUAUGGUUUUACCUGAUAAAGAAACCACAACUUAUGAUCUAAAAUGUGGUACAAACACUAAAACCAUUACUCGUAAUUGGGAAGCUGUUAUAAAUAAUCCUGAUGACCUUAAUAAAUUCACUGAUGCUAAAUCUUAUUGGAACAAUUUUUGUGCAAAUCCUCCCUCUGAUGAAAAAAAUCAACCUCCUAAAGAACCAGAAUCACCUCCAGAUGUACAACCUGUACGAAAUGUUGGAAAGGAACCAAAUGUGACCUCGACUACUAGGAAAAAUAAACGAAAAUAUCACACAAAAAAAGAUAAAAAACCACAUGAUAAAUAUUGUAAUGUAGCUUAUCCUAUUGAUCCAUUAACUGUUAAUCGGGAUCUUUUGAAAUCAUUAAGCCCUACUGUUAAAAUUGAUAAUCUCGUUUUUGAUGCCAAAAUCGCUCAAUUUUAUACGUUGGAUAAUGAUGUUGGAGUUGCCGUAAUUGCAACAUAUGAUGUCGGUAAUGAAAUUACUUCUGAUACCAUUUUAAGUGCAUUUAGCAAUAUACAAGCCGGUUUCAAGAAAUUAGCGGAUAGCGGUGCCAAGAAGCUCGUUUUGGAUAUGUCAAAUAACGAAGGAGGACUUACUGUUCUUUCUCAUUUCGUUAAUUCUCUCUUAUUUCCUGGUGCAAAUCCAUCACUUCCAACUGACUUUAGACUUAAUGAUAUUGUGAAGGGGGCAAUAUUGAAAGCAAGCAAUGGAACAAAUUCAAUUUUUACUUUUAGUGAAUAUUUAAAAGUAGAUGCAAAAGAAUUCGAUAAUGUAAAUGACUUUCUUGCCUCAAAAUUCAUUGAAAAUGAUAUAGGUAACAUCAAUGGAUUUUUUACUGCCAGUCAAUCUUCACUUCCAUGGAAAUCAAGUGAUAUGAUAAUGUUAACAAAUGGAUUUUGUGGGUCGUCAUGUGCUUCAACUUCCUUACUUUUAUCUGAAUUACAUGGUGUUAAAUCAGUUGCAGUUGGAGGAUUUCCGAAUACUCCAUUAUCUUUCAGUUCGUUUCCUGGUGGACAGGUUUUCCUUCUUGAUGAUCCUUUGAAACGAGGAUUCGAUUUAAAAACUAACUUUAAUUCAUUGGAAUUAAGUAAUGAACCAGAUUUCCCAAAAGAUAUGCCAACCAACACUAUGUUAACUUUUACCGUUAGAAAAGCUUUUAGUACCGCUAAUCCCGAUCAAGUUCUUGAAUAUUCUUUUAUACCAUCUACAAAUCAUAUUUUCUUUGAUGAAUCGAGUAUUAGAGAUCCAAGUAAAUUAUGGUCUCAAGCUUCAACUUUCAUAUAAAAAAAAAAAUAUAUAUAUAUAUAUAUUUCGAAAAAAAAAAAUUAUUUUUUUUUUU